CUCAAAUAUGGCAAAUAUCACAAUCAUCACCAGCAACAUCACAGUUUCCAACGAGGGGCUACCAGCUAAAGCCGUCCUAUCCAUGACACCGUCUUUUUUCUUCCUCUACAUAAAUGUUGUCAUGCUAAUCACCCUGAGGAGUAAGGCCAUCUUCCGAGAGACCUCCCGGUACAUCCUGUUCACCAACAUGCUGUUAGCAGACUCCCUGAACCUGGCCUUCUGUAUGUUGAUGUAUAGCUUUGCUAUCUUCAGAGUAUACUUCACUGGUUUAGUGUGUCUCAUUUUGGUGCUUGCUGGAGGUGUCAUCUCUCUUAUCUCCCCACUCAGCUUGGCCGUGAUGGCUUUGGAGCGGUACAUCGCCAUCUGCUUCCCGCUGAGGCAUGCUGAGAUCACCACAUGCAGAAGGACAGGCAUGGCCAUCGCCAUUGUAUGGGCUCUGGGCUCAGUGCAGUCUUUCACCAGCUUGAUAUGGUUUUUGAUCUCAGGACCGCUUGUCUCCACAUGGGGUUUCUGCUCCAGAUUAUUCAUGCCUGGCCUGGGGGUGUACUCAGACAUAAAUAAUACAUUCACAAUCAUCUACUUCCUGUCAGUGGGGAUCACCAUUGUCUACACAUACAUUGGCAUUGUUGUGGCUGCGAGAUCUGUUUCCUCAAACAAACUUUCAGCUGCUAAGGCCCACAGGACUGUAUUACUGCACCUGAUUCAGCUGGGGCUUUGUCUUUCAUCCAUGCUCUUUGGCCCUAUUAUUGCAGUAGCGCGUGCACACUUGGACCUAUUUGCUGCUGUAAACGUGCAGUAUGUCAUGUUCCUGGGACUGAUUAUCCUCCCCAGGUGUCUGAGCCCGCUCAUAUAUGGGUUGAGAGAUCAGACAUUCAAGCCUCUUUUUAUAUACUACGUCACUUUUGGUUUCAGUACCACCUGUAAAUAGUUAAAGAUAUCAGUAGUGUUUAAAAGUAGUUUAAAAAAAUACCUGCAAGUGUUUCAAAAUGGGUACCAUUACUUUAUUGAGCAAUAUUUAACUGGAAUAUUUGUGUAAUAUUUUGUAUAUUAAUUUGCUUAUUUAUAUUGCAGAUGCUGUUAUCCAUUUCUUUUGUGAAAAGAAGAUAUUUUAUUCUGCAGUAGAUCUAAAAUACUGAAUUUGGUCCUGUGUUUUUAUUUUAACAUGUCUUUUGCUGUACACUGCUCUGUGUCUCUACACUGUGACUGUGGCUGCUUUUUAAAAUGAAUUGUGCCGAAACCUUCUGUUUUCCUCUCUGGGACAAUAACAUUUUACUUCAUGAGUUGAAAUGUAAAAUAAAAAAAAAUUUAAAAAAAAUUUCA